UGUUUUAAACUAUGAAAUCGAAGAUCUGCUUGCUUUGUUGUGCUUCUGUCGGGAAUCGAACAUGGGUCUUUACACUUAAAGAAAACACUGCUGAUAUUGUUACAGCGAUGACACGAAUUUGAUUGCGUCUCGGUAACAAAAAUCGAGUAAAGCUUCUCUCCUUUUCCAAUUCUUGGAAGCAGAACUCUUGUCAAACUCUGUGUUUACCUUUAUUGGGUUCAUAAGAAGAUCCUACUUUUACUCAGAUUUUUUCUCGAUCAUCAGCGACAAUCUCUCUAUUAAACUCAGUUGCAUUCCAAAGCUUAGAAACAGUUCAAUAAAGUCAAGAACUCUGCCCUUUCUCACGAUAUGCAUCGCUUUAAGAACUCUCCAUGGCUAUCAGUGCCACAGUUUGGUGAUUGGGACCAGAAAGGAGGAGGAACUAUUCCUGAUUACUCCAUGGAUUUCACCAAGAUUCGAGAGAUGAGGAAACAGAACAAGAGAGACCCUUCUCGAGCCAGUCUUGGCAACGAGGAUGAACUCGUCAAGCCACCCGAGUCAGCUACUACAGCAACCGCUAAGCUCACCACGGUCCAUAGUGAGAACCAACAUCACUUCUCUCCAGCCCACCAUCACCAACCACACUCCCCUUCUACGAGGAGAAGCAUCUUCAGCUGCUUCAACUGCUGCGUCAAAGCUUGAAGGAUUCUUCUCUAGCAAUGGAGCUGUUUUUAUAUAUUGACUUAUGUCAUUCCAAUGUGGAAAAUGUAAUGUGAUCAUGAGACUCAUAUAUGUUUGAAUCCAUUCCGAAUUUAUUACAAGAAAAAAAGAUUAGGCUAAAAA